AUGGGGCACACCGGGCGAUUUUUAAAGGCUAUAUACCAUACCAGCUUCUUUCUUCUCCUUAUACAGUCCUCUUUCCAAAUUGCAUUCAACUAUGUGCCUCCCAAAGAUUACCUCUGGGAGGAGAUCCUGGAACACUUUGGAAUUGUAAGACUCGCCAGUGUCGACCCUUGGAAUAUAGUCCGCCUUCUUGCCUCAGACAUUGGAAUGUUUUUCUCAGGUUAUUUCAUCCGAAGAACCUGUAAGAAGCUGGUGCGAUCGGGAGCUCCCAAACCUAACGUUUGUAUCAGCAGUGAAGAGGAAGAGGAGGAUGAGGAAUCUGAAACGGAGAGUGAGAUAGAAGAGAGUGAGAAUGAGACAGAUUUCUCAACAGAUGAUGAAACCCUUGAUAAAGAUGUCAAUGACACUCGGGCAAAGCUGGUUGAGAAGAUCACAUCCUUAGUUGCUGCAAUGAAGUUGUUGUUUGAGGCCCUCUUUACCACAGCUGGAAAAGUCGUGGUCACCAUUCUGCUGGGCUUGUCUGGCAUCAUUCUGCCUUCUGUGACAUCUGCCCUGUAUUUCUCUAUCUUCAUGUUUUUAUGUUCAUGGUGGGCUUGUAAUCGCAGUAUUAGCCUAGUGACCUUUAGCAGCCUCUGUGUCAUGGCUGCCAUCUUCAGUGCUGGUCACCUGACAGCUGUCUAUCUGUAUCAGCUUCCUUAUUUUCAAGAAAUCAUCCCACCUCAGGAUUUGUUUGCUAGGCUUUUUGGGAUGACGGCCAUUAUCAGGACUAAUCAAACAGAAUCAUGGGUCAUACAUCUUCACCAGGGUCUGCACUGGCCCAUUUUCACAAACCCGUUUAUGCUACUUAUUCUGUACUAUACGUUGGUCAUGCUGCUGCAGCAGUGGACCCAAAUGCCAGUGGAGGAACCUGCAAGCAAGAAAGAAAAGCCCACCAACAAUGACCACCAUAUGGAUGGAAUGUUGUGGACCACCAAUGCUGAGCUGAUACAACUACAGCCUGGUUAUCUAAUGCCUAAUGGGUGGCAAGAGUUACCUCUGUUAAAAUGUGAAUUACAGCAAGCACACACAGACUUCUCGGUGCCCAUAUACAAUGAAGAUGUAGAGGACCCCGAUGAGUCUGAAAACAUAGAAACAGAGGAGCCCGCUACAACCGAGAAUAAACCUGGAGGAAUUGCUGUGCUGGGUCAAUUUAUCAUGCGGCAGAGCUAUGUCAGUGCACUGAUUGUAAUGAUGAUUUGGAGCAUAACUCAUAACAGCUGGUUAACAUUUGUUCUAUUAAUAUGGUCAUGUGUUAUUUGGAUGAUGAGGGACCGUCGCCGCUACGCCAUGCUAAGUGCUCCUUUCUUGGCUUCCUACGCCAACAUUUUGGUCGUCGAGAACUUUUUUGUUGGUCUUAACAUUUCCCAAGAAGAGCUGUUCCCUGGCAUCCCCACAGCUGUCCUCAUCGACUUUGAUCUGAAACCAUAUUCAAUGCCGUGUGGGCACCUUGGACUGAAGAUCUUUUAUGCACUUAUAUUCUGGGUACUGUUGCGGCAGAACUUGAAAGAGCGGGAAAUUGAAGGAGAUCAAGAAUCUCUAAAAGAGGUUUUAGUUGAGGAAAGUGAGACUGAAGAACCCCCAAAUGCCUUCAUGGAGAUGGUUGGCUUGAUGGUGCGGGGUGCACUGGUUAAGUACUGGAUUUAUUUCUGUGGUGCCAUGUUUUUCGUCAUCAGUUUCAGCGGCAAGGUUGUGGUGUACAAGAUCCUCUACAUUGUGCUGUUUCUCUUCUGUGUGUCCUUGUACAAGGUUCAUUAUGAAUGGUGGAGGAGAAUCCUGAAGUAUUUCUGGAUUACUGUGGUUUCCUAUUCAAUGGUGGUCCUCAUUGCCGUCUAUGUCUAUCAGUUCAAGACCAUAUCUGGGUUUUUCCUCCAGAUCUUGGGCAUGUCGGAGGAAGGCCUUAAGGACAUUGGCUUGGAGCAGUACAGCACUGUGGAGCUAUUUGCUGGCAUACUGCUUCCCUCAUCAUUUCUCCUGGCCUGCAUUCUCCAGCUCUACUACUUCAAUGAGGACUUCCUGAAACUGACAGAUCUCAAUAACAUCCCCAUUAACGAAGGAGGCGUUAAUGACAGUAAGAAGAAAAUUGAGAACCGGGUACUUACUCUUUCCACUAUGAUAAAGGAAAACCUUGGCAAUCUACAGAAGACGCUGGAUACUGAGAAGCAGAACAGUGCCAGUCAAAGCACGCUGGAGAAGAUUGAUGAUAUUGUGGUGGAUGCAGAGACGACCACAGAUGGCACACAAUCUGCAGAGACAAACCCCUGGAUUCUUGUGAUUGACAAGUUGAUGUCCAUGCUCCUAACUCUGCUGAAUUUCAUCCAUGCUGUGCAAGUACUCGUGUGGAGGUUGCUAGAACUACACAUUAUCAAGAUUGUGUCCACCAUUGUCAUCUGGAUCACACUCCAAGAGGUGUCUCUGAUGAAUUGUCUUUUCUACAUGCCCUGGGUAUUUGCGCUUCCAUAUUCACACCUGCGUCCAUAUGCAUCCAACAUCUCUACCGUAUGGUCCUGUUUCAUGGUCAUCUGCAAAAUGAUGUAUCAGUUGAAAUUUGUUAAACCACUUGAGUAUUCCUCCAACUGCACAGAGGGCUUAUACCACAAUGGAAGUCUUUACAGUCCAAUUUCGAAUGAGCUUUUACAGAGAUCUGUUUUAUAUGUGGCACCCGUGGACCCUGCUUUGUGGUGUGGAGGUCUGCGUAAAUGUGCAGACAGUGUUUUGCCCUGUCUCCAGAACCAUCUCCUUGUUCUGGCUCUGAUGGCUAUUGAAGCAACCGUGUACCGGCACCAACUUUAUUACCGGGUACACAACAAGCUCACAACCCCCAUUACUGGAAGCAUCUUUGACAACAUCACACGGAAGAAUCUUGAUGAUGGACUUGUUAACUGCUCAAAGUACUUUAUCAAUUACUUUUUUUACAAGUUUGGACUGGAGGUUUGUUUUGUGAUCUCGAUAAACGUGAUUGGACAACGGAUGGAUUUUUAUGCUGCUCUGCAUGCUGGUUGGCUACUCUACUUAUUGUACCUGCGUCGUCGAAAAACCAUUGCGGAGGUCUGGCCAAGAUACUGCUGUUUUAUUGCUAGCAUAAUGACUGUCCAAUACCUUCUUUGUAUUGGCAUCCCUCCAGCAUUCUGCACAGAUUAUCCAUGGCGCAUAUUGCCAGUGAAGCCCAGAUCCAACCUCAUCAAGUGGCUUUACCUACCUGAUUUUGCCAAAGCCCCCGAUCCCGGAUUUCUGCUAUACGAUGCUAUGCUGCUGCUCUUUUCCUCCUUGCAGUGGCAGGUGUUUGAGGAUGAGAACUUAGCUUGUGUCCGUAUGUUGGCUGGGGACAACAUUGAAAUCAGUAAGGAUUUGGAUCCAGGAGACUUGUGCCAGUAUAGCCCUGUUCCUAAUUUUCUACACUGUAGGUCUUACCUAGACAUGGCAAAAGUGGUGGUGUUCAGCUUCCAUUUCUGGUUUGUGCUAUGCCUAAUCUUCAUCACCGGAACAACCCGUAUAAACAUCCUGUGUAUGGGAUACCUGAUGGCCUGUUUCCAUUUCAUGCUGUUUGGGGGCAGCCUUCUGCUGAAACCGGUCCGUCAUUUACUAAAGCUGUGGAACUAUCUGAUUGUCUACACUGCCUUUACCAUCACCAUGAAGAACCUGCUUUCAAUCGGAGCUUGUGUAUACCUAGAUAAAUUGAUGAAGAAUAACUGCUGGCUCAUCCAGACAUUCAGCAUGUUCUGCACCAUCAAGGGAUAUGACUUGAAUAUCCCAUCAGAUGACGCAUGCGAGCUGCCUGAAAAUGAAGCAGGAAUUGUAUGGGAUGCAAUCUGUUUUACAUUUCUACUAAUACAGCGCCGCGUGUUCUGCAGCUAUUACUUCCUGUAUGUUGUGGCAGAUCUGAAGGCGUCCAAACUCCUGGCAUCCAGAGGAGCAGAGCUGUUUGAAGAGAAGGUUAAGAAGGUUGUAGCGGUACGUCUGGAGGAAGAGAAGAAAUGUUCCCAGGCAAUGAAGAAGCAGAUGGAACAGAUCAAAUUAAAGCAGAAGGCAACUGAUGAGGCGAAGGCUCGGAAAUCAAGUGCAACUGAGGAUGUCUCUGACUCAUCAGCAAAGGACAAAGAGGAAGUUGAUAAAAAAGAAAAAGAUGGAAAAAAGAAGUGGUGGCAGCCCUGGGUGACCCACACAACAAUGGUUCGAAGUGGAACCUACAGCCUAUUUGAUACAGACAGUGAGGAUGAGGAGGAAGAGACUCGAGAGGAAAAGCGAGAGGAGGAACCCCCUAAAAAGAAAACUGCAUUUCAGCUAGCCUAUGAAGCCUGGACCACCAGCUCGAAAUCUGCUCUUAACCUGAGAAAGAACGAUGAGAUUACAAUCCGCAAGGAGAUGGAAAAACAACAACCAGAAGGAAAGCCAGAGGAAACCCAGCAUGAUGAAACCGAGUCAGAAAGCCAGGAUGAUACUGCAGAAGGGCCGGAGAAUAUCAUUCAGAGGAUCAUCAAUAUUGUCAAGUUCUCCUGGGUCUUCAUUCAAGCUCUCACAGAUGACACCAUUGAAACCCUCAAUGCUUUCUGCAAGGACAGUGUAGACAUCGCCACGGUACUGAGGAUGGAACGUUGUAUGCUGCAGAGGAACUUGGACAAGGGUAAAGAAGCCUCACAGGAAUGUAUAACAGAGUAUUAUAAAGCCAAGCAGCUAUCUCGGACUCACACCUUAUCUAGCGAAGAAGGAGAACAACACAGCAGUCACAUGGAAGAGGAGACUAUUCUCCCAAAGAGGUUGGAAAUCUGUAAGAUCCUCAGUAUGGAGUCUCAGGACAGCUAUGUAUCCAGUUGUAUCACAGAGGAUUUAGUCCUAUCUUAUGAAGAACCUUCGUGCCCCAUAGACAGCCCAAAACGUCGGAUUCCCCAGCGCAUGCAAGCAUUUGACUGCACUUCUGUUGAUAGCUUGGAUUCAAGUCCGGAGAAUCUUGAAGAUGAACUGGGUUCGGGUCAGGAAGGUGACUAUGAAGGGGAUGCAGAAAUGACUGAGCGCACGGGAACAGAGAUCCCACCUUCUUAUAGCACAGUUAUCUGUAAAGAAGACCAGCAGCCUUCGGAAGCUGAGGAAUCCUUAAGCAGCAAACCACUUGCAGAGGUCCCCCAAUGUCUGACUGCUAGUGAACUUCUGCUCAACAAGAUGUUUUAUGAUGAAGAGCUAGAAGAGUCGGAUAGGUUUUACCAGACUCUUCCUCGUCCUCUGCGUCUUGGCUUUGCUCUCUAUAACACCAUUGUGUCCAAAUCCGAAAUGCUGUGUUACUUUGUUAUCAUCCUCAACCAGAUGGUGUCUGCUUCCAUCCUUUCUUUAAUCCUGCCCAUCCUCAUCUUCCUCUGGGCAAUGCUGUCAGUGCCCAGGCCUACAAAACGCUUCUGGAUGACUGCCAUCAUCUACACUGAGAUUACAGUUGUCCUCAAGUAUUCUUUCCAGUUUGGCUUCUUUCCAUGGACUUCCACAGUGUACCGGAGCAUGAAUGCCGACAAACCAUUCCGGUUACCCAACAUAAUUGGCAUUGAAAAAAAAGAUGGUUACGUUCAUUUUGACCUCAUCCAGCUCCUGGCUUUGUUUUUACACCGCUCUAUCCUGAAAUGCCAUGGACUGUGGGACAACAAGGAAGUCUGCCUGCCAGAGUCUAAAAAGAAGAAAAAGUCCAAACGGCAGAAAAAGCGAGGCAGUAAAGGGGAGGAUGACACCAGCUCCGGCAUCGUACCGUGGCACCUCUUCAAGCAUCAAAAUCCAUCAAAGAAUGUUUUUAGAAAAAGAAGAGCCUCGCAAAAGGCCAUUACUGAAGGCACACCCCAAAAGAAAGAAACCAAAAGCAGAUGGAAUUGCUUCAAGCGGAACCCCAAAAAAAAGCGUUUGACACUGAAAGAGAGACUAAAGCAACAGUGGAUAAAACUGAAGAAGCUGACGGUGAAAAUAGCGCUGCAAAUCUACCUGCCGAUCAGACAGUUCUUCUAUGAUAUCAUACACCCAGAGUACAGCCCAGUAUGCGAUGUCUAUGCCAUCAUGUUCCUGGUCGAUGUUAUCAAUUUCAUUAUUGUUAUCUUUGGGUAUUGGGCAUUUGGGAAACACUCGGCUGCAGCAGAUAUCACAGAGUCAUUGUCGGAGGACCAGGUGCCUGAAGCCUUUCUAGUGAUGCUUCUCUUACAGUUCGGCACCAUGAUCGUUGACAGAGCCAUUUAUCUGCGCAAAACAAUGUUCGGCAAGUGUGUCUUCCAGGUGGUCCUGGUUUUUGGGAUUCACUUCUGGAUGUUUUUUAUCUUACCUGGAGUCACAGAAAGGAGAUUUAACACAAAUCACGUUGCCCAGCUGUGGUACUUUGUUAAGUGUUUAUAUUUUGGACUGUCUGCAUAUCAGAUCAAGUGUGGCUACCCCAACCGAGUCCUGGGGAACUUCCUGACAAAGAGUUACAACUGCAUCAACCUUUUCCUCUUCCAAGGUUUCCGAAUGGUCCCAUUCCUGACUGAAAUGAGGGCUGUAAUGGAUUGGAUAUGGACCGACACGACUCUCAGCCUAUCCAGCUGGAUCUGUGUGGAGGAUCUCUAUGCCAAUAUCUUCAUUAUGAAGUGCUGGAGGGAAUCUGAGAAGAAAUAUCCAGAGCCCCCAGGCCAGAAGAAAAAGAAAAUUGUCAAAUACGGAAUGGGAGGAGUUAUUAUUUUUGCACUCAUCUGUAUUGUUUGGUUCCCACUCCUGUUUAUGUCACUGGUGAAAUCUGUGGCCGGGGUGACAAAUCAGCCUUUGGAUGUUUCCAUGCAGAUAAGCAUCAGUGGUUAUGAGCCUCUGUUUACUAUGAGUGCCCAGCAGCAGAACUUGGCCCCCUUCUCUCAGGCAGCGUAUGAUCAGAUGACAUACAGUUAUGCCUUACAUCCCUCUGCCAUGCAGUUUAUAGUUAAUUACAUGCCAGAGGACAUUGUUACUGCUAAAAUAAAGAGCAACGCAAGCCUUCUGUGGACCAUCAGCCCAGCAAGCCGAGAAGCCAUGAUCGAGGAGCUAUCUGAGUCCACUCAUAUCUACUUUGAUGUUCAUUGGAGCAUCCUCAGGAAUGCAUCUAUUGUAAAGAGCGCAGAGAGCUUUGGAAAACACACAGUGUGCUAUGAUGAUGCAGAAACCCGUGACCAGAUUGUUCAGAUGUUGAGAGGGGAAAGAAGAGAGCCCUUGAUGCUGAAGAACAUUUUGCCAAAGCACCUCAGAGCAAACGCCGGCCCUGAGGCCAAAAUUGCCCACCGUCUCAAGACAGACUUCUCAGAGAAGCCAGAAGACAUUGAGAAAUAUGCCUUCUUCCGGAAUUUAACCCUCAAAUUGCAGCAGUUGACUGUUAACAACACAUCGGGCCAGGUGACCGAGUGGUGGGUUAUUCAGGAGUGGCAUCCAGCCUGCGGGACGAAUGGUUGUGCUAAGAAUAUAGAACUUGUAAUUUACAAUGAUAAAGCCAGUCCUCAGAGCCUUGGAUUCCUAGCUGGAUACGGCAUUGUUGGCCUUUACAUGUCGGUCGUUCUGGUAAUUGGCAAAUUCAUCCGAGAGUUCUUCAAUGGGAUCUCGCGCUCCAUCAUGUUUGAAGAACUACCGAACGUUGACCGCAUUUUAAAACUUUGCACAGACAUCUUCUUGGUGCGUGAGACAGGAGACUUGGACCUGGAGGAACAAUUGUUUGCCAAGCUGAUCUUCCUCUACAGAUCUCCUGAGACCAUGAUUAAAUGGACCAGAGAACGACAUGACGAGUGACCUUCACAGAUGUGAACCAAAGACUCUCCCCAGGACUUCUGAGUUACAAGGGUGUGGACUGCAGGCUAGUACCAUGUCAUUAUGUAUGAUCAUGGAGCUGCAGAAUAUUGGAGCUCAAAGGGAUACAAUGGCAAUACACGUUUACAUGAUAAUUUGUAUGCAACUAAAAAAUAAAACUGCUAGUAAACCAUU